GAAAAGACGGAGAAUGGCAACAAAACGUAGACCAAUACGUCCCCAGCCGAAUAUGAAUUUCCGGCCGGGUGGUCCAGAUGUUCUACGGUCGGAAGCGAAAGGAACACGACCCACAGCCGCCCCAACCAGCAUACGUGAAAUAUUCGUUAUGAUGAUCAUGCAUGUCUGCAAAAAGACCAUAUUCUUCGAUACCAACUUAAAGGUGGCCCUAUAUUUGGGCAGUUUGUUUAUUGUUUCAUUGAUUGGCGAUUUUAUACCAUUUCCUAAAACGUAUUUUGCUCGAUCGGAUAAUUUGUUUAAUGUUUACUUUGUGAAAAUCGGUUGGGGUUGGACUCUGUUGUUUACUGUGCCAUUCUUGUUUAUGACAUCGUAUACUCUAUGCUGUGGUGAUAUGAAGAAAUUAUUGCGUCAUCAUGCCCCCCGUAUCGUUAUUGCCACAUUCUUUUGGUUCUUCUGGACAAAGUUGUUUAAUAUUAUAGAAACAUCAUAUGGAAGAUGUACUGUACGAAAUUUCCAAACAAAAUCCAGCUGCCUGAAAGCUGGUCACUUGUGGAGCGGUUUUGAUAUAUCUGGCCAUGCGUUCAUAUUAAUACACUCCAGCCUGGUGCUGAUCGAAGAGGCUCGCCCCAUAGUAAAAUGGGAAUCGAUUAAGGAACAUUUACGCAAUGAACUACAUGAUCGUUCAAUAUCCGAACCAUCCAGUACAAAUCCAUUACGUAAUCUGAGUGAAGAACAAAUGAAAAACUUAAAAUUCCUUUAUGAACGUUUGACACCAGUGAUUCGCAUACUUUUCAUUGGUAUGUCUGCUCUGCAGCUGUUAUGGGAUGUUAUGUUGGUGGGCACUAUGUUGUACUAUCAUCGUAUGAUCGAGAAAUUUAUUAGCGGUAUUAUUGCCAUAUUUACAUGGUAUUUUACAUAUCGUUUCUGGUAUCGUUCAUCGGCCGUAUUGCCCGACCCAGCCGGUAGUGGCGAUUUCUUUUAUCAACGUGAUAAUAAAGAUGCAUUUGUUUUUAAGCGCACGAACAGUAUAACGAAAGCCACCACAAGUAGCGGUUCAAGAGGUGGAAAUGGUGGCAACACAACUAGUCCAAAUCAAAUUCCAAAAUUUAUGGGAAUGCCUUUGUAUACAAGUGCGAAAACUGGAAAUUACAAUUCUCAAAUUUCUUCGAAUUUAAAUAAUGAUACAAUAUAA